AUGGCCUUCACCCUGUACUCGCUGCUGCAGGCCGCCCUGCUUUGCGUCAACGCCAUCGCCGUGCUGCACGAGGAGCGCUUCCUCAAGAACAUUGGCUGGGGAACAGACCAGGGAAUUGGCGGGUUCGGAGAGGAACCAGGAAUUAAAUCGCAGCUAAUGAACCUCAUUCGAUCUGUAAGAACCGUGAUGCGAGUGCCAUUGAUAAUAGUAAAUUCAGUUGUAAUUGUAUUACUUUUAUUAUUUGGUUGA